AUUGUUUACGCGGGUUAAUGCGGUAUGCUUCUGGCUUGUGACUAAGUUGAAAUGUUUCAAUUUGUGAUUUUCAGUGCGAUUCUUUAAAUUAAUAUUAGUAAAGGGGUUACUUGAAAGUUUAAAAUGUACUAUUAUUUAAAAAAAUAGCUAAAACAUUGAAUAUUUAUUGUUCUACGCUUACAGAUUCAAGUUAAAGUUUUCUAUAGUUUAGUGAGCGUGUUGAGGCAUUUUUUUAUCUUAUACUAAUAGAAUUUAAGUGUCUACAAUAUGAGCGUAUGUGUCAUUGGUAUCACUCCAACCAGUGAAAAUGAGCCGCAACAACAAAAUGGUCGAAGAGCCACAAAAGAAAAGAUGAAGUCGGAAACCAAAGAUAGAACAAGUCGUAGAAAAAAACAAAAACGUCAUAAUUCUGAACAUGAUACUGAAAGUGUUUCUAGUGGAGGCAGUGGUAAACCGAGAAAGCAAUUAGAAAUCGAGAUGGAUCCUUCAAUUUUACAGAGACGUCAAAAACAAAUUGACUAUGGAAAAAAUACUGUUGGCUACCAGAAUUACUUAUCUGAGGUUUCUAUAUCAGACAGAGCAAAAGACCACCCAAAAACACCAGAUAAGUAUUCUAAGUAUAGUAGAAGGUCUUGGGAUAUGCUUAUCAAAAUAUGGAGAAAGAAAUUGCAUGAAUAUGAUGUUGAUUGCAAAAGUUCUAAAGAUGACCCUAAUUCUGAUAAAGAAAGCGAGGGAUAAACAAAAUUCUAAAUAUUACUAUAAUUAUGCCUACAUGCAUAUAAAGUUAUUGUAUUAAGUAAUGGAUGAUGGGCAUAAAGUUGUAAACUUCUAGAAAAACAAUAAUUUUCACUAUAGGAACCAUGCAAAAUAUUAGAAUAAUUCAUCGCAAUUACGUAGCAGGUCUAUAACUAUUUUAUUAUAUUUUGUCUUAUAAGAUUUCAUUUGUAAUUUUAGUUAACAUUUGUUAUAGAUAGUAACUACGAG